AAUGGUGACAAUGCUAACAUGCCUUGGUUCAAGGGAUGGAAGGUCACCUAUAAAGAUGGCAAUGCCAGUGGAACCACAUUGUGUGAAGCUCUGGAUUACAUCCUGCCACCGAUUUACUCAAGUGACAAGCCCCUGUGUCCACCCAUCCAGGACUUCUACAAAAUUGGUGGCAUUGGUACUGUCGCUGUGGGCCAAAUGGAGACUGGUGUUCUCAAACCCUGCAUGGUGGUCACCUUUGCUCCAGUCAGUGUUACAACUGAAGUAAAGGCUGUUGAAAUGCACCAUGAAGCUAUGAGUAAAGCUCUUCCUGGGGCCAAUGUGGGCUUCAACGUCAAGAACCUGUCUGUCAAAGAUGUUUGCCAUGGCAGUGUGGCUGGAGACAGUGAAAAUGACCCACCAAUGAGAACAGCUGGCUUCCUGGCUCAGGUGAUUAUCAUGAAGCAUCCAGGCCAAGUCAGUGUUGGACAUGCACCUGUGCUGGAUUGUCAUCUACCUCACGUUGCUUGCAAAUUUGCUGAGCUAAAGGAGAAGAUUGAUCAUGGUUCUGAGAAAAGACUGGAAGAUGGCCUGAAUUUUGUGAAACCUGGAACAGACAAGGAUAUCCACUCUCACUACUCUAGUUCAACAUGGUAUUGGGAGUUCUAG